GGACGUUCUGCUUUGCUAGUUUAGCUUAGGUAAUAAGGAAUUGCAAAUGAAGAGUCGCUCCCCCAGCCUCUCUUUUACUAGCUUUUCUCUGUUACGGGACACGCAGGCGUUCCAAUUAAGUUGCCGUUCAUGGUAAGAAAUUCCAACAUGGCGGCGCCCAGGGAAGAGGCGUGAUCUCGGCGAUUUGUCGCUCUCUUCCUACUGCUGUAUUUUAAUCUUGUCCUUCUGAUUCGGGAACAAAACAUGCCAGCGUCCUUGAGAAAACUUCAGCAAAUGGCUGUUUAUCUGGGAGUUGUAUCUACUGGGGGAAGUGCUCUGAUGUAUUACUUCAUCCAAAAGAGUUUUGCCAGAACACAAUACUAUCAGGAGGCGCUUGAGCAGCUUCAGAAAGACCCGGCAGCCCUGGAGGCACUUGGUGCACCACCUCUCAAAGUACAUUUCAUCAGACUGAUGGACAAGAACAAUCGUGUGGAUGUGACAAAAGCGCAGCUAAAGAUACCAGUGUCUGGAUCAAAGUCAGGUGGUUAUCUUCAUGUGACUGCAGAAAAAGACUUCUCCCUCAAAAGCUGGCACCUGCAGGAAGUCACACUGCAGCUCCUCAACAGCCACAGUAUUCCAGUGCCCCUCUCUUCUGGGAAGAAUGCUAUUGGACAAGAGGUGUAACAAUCAGGAUGCAUGUUGAUAGUUAUUACUUGAAUUUCUUUAUAUUGCACGAACAAUGCAAUGUACAGUCUCAAAACAAGCAAUGCUUAUAUAUUCUGGGUGGUUGCAUCUUACUUCACCUCACUCUAGUAAACAAAGUGUCAGAAACAUCAGAAGGUGCACAAACAGUAUUGGAUGAGGCAAAGGAGUGAAUUUUGGGGCUGUAUUUUCGUACUUCUUCCUUCCUUCCUUCCAUGAAUUCAAGACUGCUUGGAAAUGUCUUCAGGCAGUCUCCCAUCAGGAAUCUUAGGAAGUCUGAGCUACUUUGUUUCAACACUAGAACUCCAUAUGGGAAGCUUCUGUAACAGUUCCGUUACAAUGCCUCCUGUAUGUGUUACCUCAGGAGUAGGUUCCAUUGGGGGCAAUUAAUGCAAGUGCACAAAUUUUCCUCCCUUCACUUCACAGCCAUAAAAUUUCCUCCCUUCACUUCACAGCCAUUUCUGCUCCCCCACCCCCCGACAGGAAACCAUAUACUACAGCAGUGAGUGGGCCAAAAAGAGUGCAUGCCCGUAUGUAGGGGGAGUUACUAAAGACUCAUUGAUUUUUGCUGGAGUUAAAGUAUGUAUUGUCGAUUGUCCUCUAUGCUUUGCAUCUGUAUUAUAGCCAAUGUCUGUUUUGUAUCAUUACAUUUAGAUGUUCUUUUGCGCUAGAAUGAGUCUGCUAAGGACACUUCAAGUUGCUCAAGAAAGAUUAUUAUGUCCUCCAAGUAUACUGUAAUUUUGCAGGAACAUACUGGAGAUGAUCAAAAAUGCUAAAUGGGAUAAAAGAGAGUUCUCAGAAAGUUGAAAGUUACGUAGUUUUAUUUCAAGAAGUAGCCUUAAACAGUUCAGCCCUGAAUAACCUAUGUUGGCUGAUUUCAGGGUAUCUAUAUUUAUAGAAGUGCCUCUAUGUAACUCUGGAAAAGAUAGCAUGCAAGGGAAAUGCUACAGCUGAAGUGCAGAAGACAGCAUGGGCAUUUGUGAAACUAUGAAGGGCUGGACUGAGAUCUGCCCCCACCCCUUGCUCCCAGUACUUAAGUUCAAUAUCCCUGCUUUAAUCAGUGGUACUACCCAAAUUGCUUCAGGAAGUGGCUUAGGUAUUAAAGCAAACAAUAAGGGAAAACAUGGGAACUAAUUAUGUUCUUUCUUUCUAAUUUUCGUCAUAAUUAUCCCUACCAACUAUAUUGACUGUACAGGUUUAUGUUUGUAAAUUUCUCUUGCUAAUUUUAUAUUGUUAAUAUAAUUUUUGGGCUUAUGUCUUCAGUAUGAUCUUAAAAUUAAAUAAAAUCGUUUCCCUGGUUAACCUCACUUUGAGAAGAAUCAGAUGGACAACCAUAGCAGUACCGCAAAGAAUUAGGCUUAUACAGUGAAUAGCUAGAAGAAAAGGAUCUGAGCACAGAAGCAGUCUUCCGCAUCAAUAGCAUUUACUAAUCAUGGACAUGGUUCUAAUGUAGAGCACAGAUGCUAUUUAUUUAUACUGCUUUGCUUUUCAAGGUUGCCAAGUUUGAAUAUACUUUUAAAUACACAUCCCUCUCCACCUUUAGACAGCUCAUGGAGCUGAAAUGAAUUUGAAACCAAUGCAAAUUUUAAAUUGUUGAGGUUUCUUCUCAAUCUGUCAAAGAUAUGAAGCAAGAAAAGAUCAAAAGUUUUUUUUUAUAAAUGUGAAUCUAUUUAUUAAUCACCUUAAAAUUAAAAUAUAUUCCUGACAAACUGUGAAAAAGCAAGAUGUUAUACACAUACUCCAGAGGACUAGUUAUUGCUUUCAUUCUUACUGUUGUAUGAAAAACAUUGUGGAAAGUAAUGGUAAGUGAAUAUUUUAUCACAGGCAUUCUUCAACUUCGAUUGCUUUCUUUACAGCAGCGUUAUUACUUGACCUAGGAGCUACUUAAGCCUAACUGUGGCAAAAUCAUUUCUAGUCAUGAAAAGGCAGUAAAAUGUAGUAUGUAUAUUCUGCCUAAUAGUCAGCUUUUCUAAAUAUGACAAUGGAAGUAUAGUAGGCUGAAUUUUUAACUGCUAAAGCCAGACCAGUAAGUUGAACUCUGCUAAUUUAAGGCAGCAGUGCACUUUUAUAAACUGAGCUCCCCUUUCACAUUGGU